UUUCCUUUGAUUGCAGCAUCUGCUAGGAGGUGAUGACCAUGAUAGGGUGUCACAUUCAAAGAGAAUGUUUGGGGGUGGUGAUCAUGAUAGGGUGCCACAUACAAAGAAGAUGCUUGGUGGUAGUGGCCAUGACCUAGGCCAUAUGGGUGCCUUUAAAACUUUCAUGAAAGAACACGACAAGGAUUAUGGUGAUCAUGCAGAAUUCAAACGCCGGUUCAACAUAUUCAGGCAGAAUAUGAAAAAAGUAUACAUCCUUCAGCAGAAUGAGCGAGGAACUGCUAAAUACGGUGCCACAAAAUUUGCUGAUCUUACUGAAUUGGAAUUUAGAAGGAUGCUUGGCCUGCGUCAUGAUAUGAAGCCACAGGUUUCAAAAAUGGUUUCUGCUGAAAUUCCUGAUGUAGAGCUUCCAGUUGAGUUUGAUUGGAGGGAGAAAGGAGUUGUGACACCAGUAAAGAACCAGGGAAUGUGUGGAUCAUGCUGGGCCUUUUCUGUGACAGGAAAUGUUGAAGGCCAGUGGGCAAUCAAGCAUAACAAGCUCAUUUCUCUCUCAGAACAAGAGUUGGUUGACUGUGACAAAACUGAUGAAGGAUGUAAUGGGGGAAUGCCUGAAAAUGCAUAUGAAGCUAUUAAGGAGCUUGGUGGUCUUGAAACUGAAAGUGACUAUCCUUAUGAAGGACGAGAUGAUCAGUGCCACUUUAAUAAGACAAUGGCUCAGGUGACUGUUAACGGAUCAGUUGAGCUACCUCAAGAUGAGACACAGCUUGCAAAGUGGUUAGUGAAGAAUGGACCAGUAUCAAUUGGCAUUAAUGCUAAUGCACUUCAGUUUUAUGUUGGAGGGGUCUCUCAUCCAUUGAAGUUCCUGUGCAAUCCCAAGAACCUUGAUCAUGGAAUGCUUAUUGUGGGGUAUGGUGUGCACACUUACCCACUCUUUAAGAAAAAGCUGCCAUUCUGGAUUGUAAAGAAUUCAUGGGGCACAGAUUGGGGUAUACAGGGUUAUUACCUAGUUUACCGAGGAGAUGGAACCUGUGGUGUAAAUCAGAUGGCUACCAGUGCUGUAGUUCCUUAAGAGACCCUACAUGACAAGCUUUUCUUUCAAGGAGUCAGAAUUUACUCCUGUUAAGUCUGAGGAAUCUAAAGAUUUAUUUGGAUGUGGUAAGUAUACCCAUAACAGCUCCUUUGUGGAAAAUGGAAAUUAAUGUAAAGAAACUUCCAUUUUCAAAGUCCCAGUUUACAGAUACAUAUAGCUUUAGGGUUAGGAAUACCAUGCAUUAUAUAGGUUACUGUGUUGCAUAAAAGUACAUUGAAGUGUUAUUGAUAAUAUAAUUACUUAGUUGCAUCACCCGAAGAAUAUUAAUAUGGAAACGGAAUACAGAUUCUAUCACCACAGUGAUAUCAAUAAACUGAAAUCAUAAACAGUAGAAUUAUUUUAAAACUGCAGACUGCGAGUUCUGUUUUCUGUAAGUGUUGUACUGCAUUGGCUUUAGAAGAGUUUUUCACCAAAUGCAGGCAUCAUUCUGUUCCUAGUUCCUUUUUCAUUGUUUUAUUUUUGAUGGGCAUCACAGUGAAAAUACCAGAGCUUGGAGACUGGUAUAAGAGAUUAUAAGUUUUUAUAUCAGCUUUGGAGCUUAAUUAGUACCAAAUAUAUCAACCACCAUGUAAGAUAACAGAGCUAAGUAGAGUUAAAUUAUUUUCUAAAUAGCUAUUAUGAUUGUUUAAAUCCAGCACCAAAUUUAUUUUCAGUCUAUAAAAAGUAAAGUAAACCCAUUGUUUUUCACAUUUAGACCACUGAGGACUAAUACCUGACUACUAUUUAAUUUCCAAACUCCAUAAAAUGUGUUGAAGCCCAUUUAUUUCUCAUAAAAGAUAAAAAGUAAAAAUAUAGUUUAGUCAAACUUGAAAACCAGGCAUAUUUUGGCCAAUUAACCCAUGCUCCUUUUUCCUGGGUCUUCUUUUGAAUCCAUAUUUAUGUAUCUUCGUAUAGCCAGUGCAUUUAGAACAAUCAAAAUGUAUACAUAUAAUCCUCACCCACUGGAAAAAUAGCCAAUUCACCUUGUAAUUCUAUCAGCACUUUGUGUAUUGACAGUUUUUUUGUUAUAUACAGGAAUAAUUAAAUGAAAGAAUAAAGGUAAUAAUUAAAUAAGAAAACACCCAAACUCUGGAAUUCUGUGGCAACUAUUUCCACCUGGAUAUGGAACAUCCAUGUAUAAUUGUCUUAUACUAUUGAAAGGUUAAAGGGAUAUUCAUGCCUAUUGGAAGGUUAACAAUAGUUGGAUUAACCAUCUUUUCAAUUGCAGAACAAAGAUCCAAAUUUAAUAUUGGAUGGAUGUCUUUGAUACUAAAUGUGUAGGUUGAUUAUAUGUGAUAUAUUAUCUUGUAUAAACAUUGCUAGUUUGAAUGUAAGGCAACAAUUUGCAGUAUUUAGGUAUGGCUUCUGCAUUUACAAUCAUACUGUAUGGUUCAUUGUUGAAAAGGUAUACGAUUAUGUUCUGUAAGUCAUUGAAAGGUAAACACCAGACAACAUAAAGCAGAGAAAAUAUUUACAUGAUUUAGAUUGAAAUGGAAGUCUGUUAUCUUUAAGUUUUCAUAUGAGAUGUUCAAGGUUAGAUGUGCUGUUUUUAAUGAUAGCAACAAUAUAUUAUGUGUAUGCUUUUUAUCUUUAAUACUCUACAUGGCUUUAUGUAUUACAUAUGCUUGAAAUUGCAUGCAUUAAGAAUCUUUGCCACUUAGUUUUAAGUUUUUGCCAGUACCACUGGCAACUUGAAAUUUUUAUACUUUAGUGCAGCUUACAUUUGAAAAUUCAAUAAUUAAUAAAGUAAGCAUGGACAUUGAAUAUUAUGAAGUGUCUGCAAUUUUGUCUCAUGGUACUUGUUACAAUAAAAAUGAAUACUCCCUUUGUUGUAUAAUAUUUUCAUAUAUUAAUUAGACUUUUGGUUGUAUGUUACUGCGACACUUUAUAAGAACAAAGUUGUAAUAUAAAUUUUAACUUGAAAUGUAAUAAAGAAAUUAAGGUUGUUAAAGGAGGUUGAAAUGUAAUAAAAGAAAUUAAGGUUGUUAAAGGAGGUUGCAAUUGAUUCAUACACACUAUGAUUUAAUGCCUAUAUUAAUUGUACCCUUAUUGAAUAUAGGUAUCUACUUAAGUAGCAUGACCAUUUAGAGAGUAAUUUUAAGGUCUACAACUUGUUUAGAAUCAAUGUCCAUUUUGCUAAUCUUGUAGGAAAAUGUAUUCCAACAUUGUAUGUGGGUACAUCAUACAAUUUUCAUUUAUUUGAUUGUUUUAAUGGACAUUAUUUUAAAAUUUCAUAAGGUCUACAACUUAACUUGUUUAGAAUCAAAUGUUCAUUUGGAUAGUCUUGUAGGAAAAUGUAUCCCAACACUUUAUGGACAUUGUUAAAAAUUUCAUGGUAUGAUAUUCUGAUGUUUGUCUAGGUUCAUAUAGAAGAUAUAAAAUGUUAGCACUUUGCAGUAUGUUCCCAUUUUACUCAAAUUAUUGAACACGUUUUUGUAAAAAAAAUUAAUAUGAUUCAAACUUUAUUAGGAUAAAAGUUUUGAAAAGAAAUUUUGUUUCAUUUUGGGAUAUUUGUUGAUUUGCAUAUUUUUAUCUUCUUAGAAAAGGUCCAAAUAUAAUGUAGUAGUCUCCAAGGUCCAAAUAUCAUGUAGUAGUCUAAGUGCUAUAUGUCGGUAAUUGUAAGUUGUUGAUAUGGCUGCACCUGGAUUAAGGGACCAUUCUUAGUAAUACUCUUUAGACAUUAUUUUAUUUGAACCAGUUCAGAUCAUUUAUAAAUUUGCAGCUAAAGCGAACCCAGAAAUUUUUAUAUUCUAAAAUCUUUUUGUUUGUUAUAUUGGACACUUUUUAUAUGUAAGUAACUAUAAAUGUUACGUAUAAUGUAUGGUUUUAUGAUUAUGACAAAAAUUUGUUAAGUGAAUGGCUGGCUUAAAAUAAUUGUAAUAUUGGAUUAGUAAAUUGCAUAAAAUUU